CAGGCACCCAGGGAGAAACAAACAAACUCGCGUAGCCGAGAAGUGCCACCAGCGCCUGGGGUUUCCCCCUUUGUGUCUAAAGAAUCGCCCCACCAUGUCGACUUCCUUCGUCCAAGCCGAGAAGCUGCGCCCAACCGCUUUCGAGGUGGAAUAUUUCGACCAGUACGAUUUUUACAGUCUAACGGACAGAUACACCACACCAGGUGGCUGUUCCCGCAAGGGCCGUUCCAAGCGAGAGGCUGAGGAUCACACAAACCGUCCAAAUCCUGGUGGUCACGAACGUAAGAUCGUCUUGAAGUUGCAACGCACAGAGCAGAAACGGAAGGGGACCCCAUCCAAGGAAUGAAAAAUGCAGCUCUGAGUCUCAACAUGCUACUCAGGUUCUGGACACAAUGGCAAUGUCUACGUGGAUAUGGAGAUGGACGGACCGACGCCAGGCGAUACAGUGGGGUUACUUGUGUUAAGGAGGAAGAGUCCAUUGCUCUCAUAAAAUGAGAGCAUCAAGAUCGCUGCAGCUCACUCCAAACAUGAGAGAUGGCCAAGAUGGACACUCAGGCCUCAUAAAGGCCAAUGGAAUGAUGCUUUAUUAGGCUAGAAAUAGAAAAGCCACCCAGUUUUCAUGGGGAAAUUCCUCGCCUGUUUAAAUUAGUGGUUCUUGCUAAUAUUGGUUCUUACUAACACCUUUGCCUUUCUCCUUGGGAGGGAAGGGGAAGUGGAAUGGAGAUAUAUAUAGAAUAUACAUGGAAUGAAGACAUGACAGAGACCUGUUAGGAAGGUAGACAUGAAAUGUGUAAAGGGUGGAGGAAGGCUUAUUAGAGCCCAGAGGCCACAUCUGACACUUAAAACAAUUAGAGCCAGUAUCCAACAGGGAGCCUUCAGGAGCAGGCGGAGACCUAGAUGCGACCCUCAGGCCAAAACAUUUUCUCUGAUCUAGAAGGGAAAGCAUGUUAUGGGGCAGGCUGAAAGGCAAUAUUUUCCAACACCACAACGUCAAUGUCUUUUUCUGUGCUAAAUAAAAAUGUUAAAUUGUU